UUGGCUCGUCAGCGCCGGAUGCUCUCCCUUCAGGAUGACUUGAGUGCUUGGCUACGGUCUGUGGGCUGUCAGGGCGAUGUGGCCAUGGAGAACUUAGAUCCUGCCAGCAUCGAGACCCAGCAGGCGGUGGUUUCAGAGAUCUUCAGGUUCGCAGCGGUGCAGGAGAAGGACCUGACUUUGGGGCUGCUGUUGAAGGCUUAUGACGUGACCGUCGAGAAGCAUGGGAUUCAUGCCACUGACGUGGUCGGCAUUCAGAUCUAUCGCUCCCUCCUUCAGUGGGGCAGGAAGGGCAAGGGCACAAGCAAUGUGCCCAACGUACCCAACGUGCCCAACGUGCCCAACGUGCCCAACGUGCCCAACGUGCCCAACGCGAUUGCGCCCAAUGCGUCUCCCAACGCUUUCUCGGAAAGGAUGCCCUUGGCUCCGCUUCGGGAUCCGCACAGCCCGAGCCAGCCUCAGCCUAGCGCAAGAGAUUCAGAGUGGACGGCCAUCCGAGAGCCCAAUCUCAAAGAGGUCCAGGUACAAAUGUCGCAGCCACAAGAAAAGGUGCCACAGUGGCUGCCGCCGCAGCAACUGGCGCACCUCUCGCCUCGGCAGUUGCAACAGCUGCGACAGGUGCAGACGCCGCGACUGGUGCCACAAGAGCCCCAGGGUCCUCAGGGUCAGUUUGCUCCGCACCUCCACUUCGAGCCUUUGAUAGCGAGGGAUGCGCCCUCCGUCCCGAGCGAGGCGGAGCUUCCAGGAGGUCAUGCCAGGGCACGAGUCUCGACAUUGCCAUUCGGGAAGGCGGAAGCUGCAGAAUCUGAGCGUCUUCAGGACAAGUUCCUGCAGGUCUCGAACCUGAAAUUUCAGCGAGUGCAAGCACAGGCUUUUCAACACUGGCAGCACAGGUGGUCAGCGCUCACUCAGCAUCGGCGGCAGCUGCGUGUUUUCGAGCUGGAGUGCUGGCAUCGAAGCUGCAAUAGGGCGAUGACUGCUUGGCGUAUUGUCCAACAACGGGAGGUUACAGCACAAAGACUGCACAAAGCCACGGGAGUGCGCCUCUCGCAAUUUAUUUUCCAGGUUUGGAAGACACAGUGGCAGGGCGAGCAAAAGGAGUCGUUUCUCCUUCGGCUUUCGGAUCUUUUCCUGCGGAAGCGAGGAUUGAAGUGUGGUGUCCAAGCCCUGCACCGGAAUGUCUUUUGCCAGUCUCGCCUUCGCAAGCGGCGCAAGGUGCAGCAGUCAGUGUGGCAGGAGCAAAUCCGCCUGCUGCAGGCUUGCUGGUCUGCCUGGGUGAGACAUGCCGAGCACCGCCGUUUGAUGAAGCUGUACCAGAGCUGGGCAGACGUGCACUGGCUGCGCACUCGGCUGGGGGCUGCUUGGCAAGCAUGGCUGGCCUGGUACCGCAAGCGAGGGAAGGUGGUUGCCAUGUGCAGCGGUCCGCAGCUGUUGGCAGCGUGGCGCUGGCUGCGUGUGCACGCAGCGGCGCAUUUAAGGCCAAGCAGGUCGGGUCUUCUCCUGGGUCAUUCCGACGUGCCAGGUCGGGAUGAAGCUCAGCACACAGCACGAGGGCACGCAACUGCUCCAGCCGUACCUGCUCCUUGGUGGCACGCGGCUGCCACCGAGCUCCUCUUUGGAUCAGCUCCCUUCAAAGCGCACCCACACCACAUGAAGGCGAUGCGAGAGGGCCUUCUUGUGGUCUUUGCGAGCACCCUGCUGAAGAAGAUGAUGGCCGCCUGGAUGUGCGAGGUUGGCGCGAUUCGAGAGAUGACGCAGCGAACCAAGCUGAAGGUGAAGCAUAGAAACUUAGAAGCCUGGAAGGAGCAAGCUGCAAAGCAUCGACAUCUGCAUGAACGGUCGCUGCAGGUCUCGAACCUGAGAUGUCAGCGAACGCAAGUACGGGCUCUUCAACACUGGCAGCACAGGUGGGCAGCACUGACCCAGCAUCGGCGGCAGCUCUGUGAUUUUGACGUGGCAUGCUGGCAUCGAAGCUGCAGGAGGGCGAUGACAGCUUGGCUUGUCGUCCGACGACGAGAGGCCACGGCCCGAAGCCUGCAAAAAGCAACCGGACUGCGCGUCUCGCAUCUUGUCUUCCAGGUUUGGGUGACUCAGUGGCAGCGCGAGCGGAAGGAAUCGGUUCUCCUCCGGCUUUCAGCACUUUUCCUGCGGAAGCGAGGAUUGAAGUGUGGUGUCCACGCCCUGCACCGGAAUGUGUCCUGCCAGCUUCGCCUGCGCAAGCUUCGCAAGGCAAGGGCCUGCUCGCGCGACAUUUGGGCGGCAAAGUGUCGAGGUAUCUUUGAGGCUUGCUGGUCUGCCUGGGUGAGACAUGCCGAGCACCGCCGUUUGAUGAAGCUGUACCAGAGCUGGGCAGACGUGCACUGGCUGCGCACUCGGCUGGGGGCUGCUUGGCAAGCAUGGCUGGCCUGGUACCGCAAGCGAGGGAAGGUGGUUGCCAUGUGCAGCGGUCCGCAGCUGUUGGCAGCGUGGCGCUGGCUGCGCGUGCACGCAGCGGCGCAUUUAAGGCCAAGCAGGUCGGGUCUUCUCCUGGGUCAUUCCGACGUGCCAGGUCGGGAUGAAGCUCAGCACACAGCACGAGGGCACACAACUGCUCCAGCCGUACCUGCUCCUUGGUGGCACGCGGCUGCCACCGAGCUCCUCUUUGGAUCAGCUCCCUUCGAAGCGCACCCACACCACAUGAAGGCGAUGCGAGAGGGCCUUCUUGUGGUCUUUGCGAGCACCCUGCUGAAGAAGAUGAUGGCCGCCUGGAUGUGCGAGGCUCGGGCGAUGCGAGAGAUGCUGCAGCACGCAAAGCUGAAGGCAAAGCAAAGGAGCCUUGGAGCCUGGAAGGAGAGAAUUGCCAAAUGCCGACGUCUCCGUUCAAAGUCACUGCAGGUCUCAAAUCGGACACGUCAGCGAAUGCAAGCGCGGGCUCUUGACCACUGGCAGCACAGGUUGUCAGCAUUGACUCAGCAUCGGCGGCGCCUGCGUGAUUUCGAUGUGGAAUGCUGGCAUCGAAGCUGCAGGAGGGCGAUGACAGCUUGGCUUGUCGUCCGACGACGAGAGGCCACGGCCCGAAGCCUGCAAAAAGCAACCGGACUGCGCGUCUCGCAUCUUGUCUUCCAGGUUUGGGUGACUCAGUGGCAGCGCGAGCGGAAGGAAUCGGUUCUCCUCCGGCUUUCAGCACUUUUCCUGCGGAAGCGAGGAUUGAAGUGUGGUGUCCACGCCCUGCACCGGAAUGUGUCCUGCCAGCUUCGCCUGCGCAAGCUUCGCAAGGUGCAGCAGUCAGUGUGGCAGGAGCAAAUCCGCCUGCUGCAGGCUUGCUGGUCUGCCUGGGUGAGACAUGCCGAGCACCGCCGUUUGAUGAAGCUGUACCAGAGCUGGGCAGACGUGCACUGGCUGCGCACUCGGCUGGGGGCUGCUUGGCAAGCAUGGCUGGCCUGGUACCGCAAGCGAGGGAAGGUGGUUGCCAUGUGCAGCGGUCCGCAGCUGUUGGCAGCGUGGCGCUGGCUGCGUGUGCACGCAGCGGCGCAUUUAAGGCCAAGCAGGUCGGGUCUUCUCCUGGGUCAUUCCGACGUGCCAGGUCGGGAUGAAGCUCAGCACACAGCACGAGGGCACACAACUGCUCCAGCCGUACCUGCUCCUUGGUGGCACGCGGCUGCCACCGAGCUCCUCUUUGGAUCAGCUCCCUUCGAAGCGCACCCACACCACAUGAAGGCCAUGCGUGAGGGCCUCCUCGUGAUCUUUGCGAGCGCUCUGCUGAAGAAGAUGAUGGGUGCCUGGAUGAGGAAGGCUCGGGCGAUGCGAGAGAUGCUGCAGCAAGCAAAGUUGAAGGCAAAGCAAAGGAGCCUUGGAGCCUGGAAGGAGGGAGCUGCAAAAUGCCGACGUCUCCGUUCAAAGUCUCUGCAGGUCUCAAACCGUAGACAGUCUCAAGUGCAAGUGCGCGCACUUCAGCACUGGCAGCACAGGUGGUCAGCACGAACUCAGCAUCGGCGGCAGCUGCGGGAUUUUGAUGUGACGUGCUGGCAUCGUUGCUGCAGGAGGGCGAUGACAGCCUGGCAUGUUGUCCGGCGGCAAGAGGUUACGGCCCGAAGAAUGAAGAAAGCCACCGGCCUGCGCCGCUCACAUCUUGUCUUCCAGGUUUGGGUGAUGCAGUGGCAGCACGAACGCAAGGAGGCGCUCUUGCUGCGCCGCUCGCUGCAACUGCAUCGGAAGUUUUGUUAUCUUCGGGCCUUUCAGGCCUGGGUGGCGCAGCACCGUCGCAACAGGAAGGAGAGGGGUCUUCAACGGCUUACGCUCUUCCCGCGCAAGCAAGGCCUGAAGCAGGGCAUCCGAGCACUGCACCGCAAUGUCCAGCUUCAUCACCGCGAGUGUGCCUUGGCGAAGGUGCAGCAGGGCACCAGGCAGGCGGACCGCCGGCUUCUGGAGGUUUGCUGGGCAGCGCUGCAGAGACAUCUGGAGCAGCGCCAGCUGAUGAUUCUGUACCUGAGCUGGGCGGAUGAGAAUAGGUUGAGGGCGCGACUGGGGGCUGCCUUCCAAGCAUGGCUUGCCUGGCGCCACAAGCGCAAGGUGGUGGCCAUGAGCAACGCGGCGCAGCUGUGGGCAGCAUGGCGUUGGCUGCGGCACAGGCGCCGAUCUCAGCCGGGUCAUGAUACACGUCUUGGAUUGAAGCAGCCCACUUCGCUUGCUCCCGUACCUGCUCCUUGGUGGCACGCAGCUGCGACUGAGCUCCUCUUUGGAUCAGCCCCGUUCGCAGCGCACCCGCACCACAUGAAGGCGAUGCGGGAGGGCCUUCUUGUGGUCUUUGCGAGCACCCUGCUCAAGAAGAUGAUGGAGGCCUGGAUGCGCGAGGCUCGUGCAAUGCGAGAGAUGCUGCAGCAAGCAAAGCUGAAGGCAAAGCAAAGGAGCCUUGGAGCCUGGAAGGAGGGAAUUGCCAAGUGUCUACAUCUCCGUUCAAAGUCUCUGCAGGUCUCAAACCGUAGACAGUCUCAAGUGCAAGUACGCGCACUUGAGCACUGGCAGCACAGGUGGUCAGCACGAACUCAGCAUCGGCAGCAGCUGCGGGAUUUUGAUGUGACGUGCUGGCAACGUUGCUGCAGGAGGAGCCUUGGAGCCUGGAAGGAGGGAAUUGCCAAGUGUCUACGUCUCCGUUCAAAGUCUCUGCAGGUCUCAAACCGUAGACAGUUUCAAGUGCAAGUGCGCGCACUUGAGCACUGGCAGCACAGGUGGUCAGCACGAACUCAGCAUCGGCAGCAGCUGCGGGAUUUUGAUGUGACGUGCUGGCAACGUUGCUGCAGGAGGAGCCUUGGAGCCUGGAAGGAGGGAAUUGCCAAGUGUCUACGUCUCCGUUCAAAGUCUCUGCAGGUCUCAAACCGUAGACAGUUUCAAGUGCAAGUACGCGCACUUGAGCACUGGCAGCACAGGUGGUCAGCACGAACUCAGCAUCGGCGGCAGCUGCGGGAUUUUGAUGUGGCGUGCGGGCAUCGUUGCUGCAGGAGGGCGAUGACAGCCUGGCAUGUUGUCCGGCGGCAAGAGGAGACUGCGCGCGCUGCGCAGCUACGCAAGGUCUUUGCUUGCUGGCGACUGGCUGCCCGCGAGCAGCAGCUGCUGGAAAAGUACUUGCAUGAAUGCGCCGCAAUCAACAUCCAGGGGAAGUCGACCAAGUCCACUGUGGAGGCCUCGGAUCUGGAGCAGCUCUACCGGGAAAUGGCCGAGUAUCGCUGGAACGUGGAUUUGUGGGAUCUCUCCGACUGA